AUGCCACUAAGGUCAAACAAUGGCUCCUCAAGCCGACAGCCACCGGAGCAGCAACAACAGCAGCCACAUGACCGUGAUUUCGGGCCCGGAUGGGACUAUACCGUCCCGCGGAUCCCGGCUUUGCCAAACAACGGCUUCAACGUGCCUGUCCAGGUGGGACCAUCGAAUGCGGUGCCUCCUCAGAUGGGCCAACAGCAAGCCCAGUUACCGGUGUCGAACAUGAUGCCGAACCAGAACUUCAACCCGCCGCCGGCGCAGUUCAUGGACCCUAACAACCACCAGAAUAACAGCCAUCGAAACAACAACCAACCGCUCCGCUGGGCCAAUCCAUACCAGCCCCAAGACCAGGCUCAGCCCCGUCCCGCGGGCCCAUCCCAGCCAGCAAAGCGCGGGCGGCCCCGCAAACACCUCGACGAGGAAGACCAAGACGAAGGACAAAGAGCAUCAAAGAGGCCCAGACUCCAGCAAACCCCCUGGCAACCGCCCCUCAUGCGCAUCACGCACUCCCCCCAGGUCGGCCAGCACAACCCCAUCGACAACACGUGCGACCACUGCCGCGCCCGCCCCCACGAGAACCAGGGCUGCAAUGUCGACCUCGCCAACCAGAUUGAGUGCCACCGCUGCACCCGCUACCGCGCCCUCGUCGACCCGAACCACAUCUGCAAAGUCCUCUGCCGGGAACACUGGCAGAAGCGCUUCGCCAAUUCCCGGCCGUCGUACCCGAUCACCGAGACGAGCUCGAGCGUCUGCGAGCGGUGCAAGACGCACCAGGGCAGCGGGCGGAUCGUGCUGUGCGAUAUCGACGACCGGGUCAAGAUUGGGUGUACGCCGUGUAAGAAUGAUCAGGCGCUAUGUCGGGUGUACGACGAGCAGAAGGUGAGCGGCGAGAAGCCGGACGUGGAUCAGCCGGCGGAGGUGAUGUGGAACCGGCCUAUGCCCGGAGACGGCACCGUCCCCGCGGGUCGGCGGCCGUGGUGGCGGCAGAUGUGUCAGGGGUGUCAGCCCGGCAAGACGAAGCCGUGUUCCUGGAUCCGGGACUUCCGGCUGAGGGAGUACAAGUGCACGUCGUGCGUCGAGAAGAACAUACCAUGCGUGGACCCCUGGACGGCGGCCACAUACGAUACGCCGUACACGUGGGCCCCCGGGGACGGGGACAAGAUUGUCUACGACAAGGGGACCAAACUCCGAGAUGGCAGGCACCGGUGCACCAACUGCGCGACGAACCAAGCCAUGUGCCGGUCCCUCACCGACGAGGAAGACUUUGCGUGCGUGCGGUGUACCUCGUGGGGCCUGGUGUGCGAGACGCCCGGGAAUGGGAGCCGGCACCCGUCGCGGCAACUGCCUUGGAUCGAUAAGAAGAGGAUCGGGUGGUCUGGAUGGACGAAGUGCACUGCCAACGGCAAGGGUAUGAAGUUUAGCGGAUGCCGGCGGUGUCGUGAGAAGGGGUAUAGCUGCGAUCGGAAGCGGCCGUGUGAUAGGUGCGUCAACGACAGAGCGGAGGCGGACUGCGAUUCGUGGGUGAUGAACAAGGAAUUGGUUAGACGCAACGGAACGGAUGGCGUGGAGCAGCCAGAGUAUUACAUGGCUCUCGGGUACGGCCCCAAGGGUAUUGACGAUGAUCGGACGUUGUGUUUAGAGCAGAAUCUCCUCGGGCCAAAUAGACCGAGGUACGCGGUUAUGACGGACCCUGCAGCAGCUGCCGCCGUUGCUGCCGGUGCCAACCCGGCUAAUGCUCCGGGUCCUGGCCCCCUCAAAGUUGGAAAUGCUCCCAUGGCGGCGCAACAGAAACCACGUCAGUUCGGAGGUGUCGUCGGCAACGGGCCCGGCGGCUGCGGCGUGGCCCCACUGCCGCGGCCCAUGGCGGCGGCCGGACAGCAAGGUUUCGACGCACCGCCCGAUCCAAUGGCGUACCACGACCCGGGCUUCCCCUACCGCAACCAGGGCCACAUCCGUAACCAACACAACAACAUGCUGUACGGCGACAACAACGCGGCCGUCGCGGCAAAUCAGACGGGCGGAGGGUUCUCCGACUGGGUAAGCGGCUACAACGCAAGCAACAACCAAGCCGGCCCAAACCAAAACGCCCAACUACCUCUGUUCGAAGGCCAGGCGCAGAACCAGGGUGAUAUCCAGUACAUGAUGGGCAAUGGGUACGACAUAAACCCCGAAAACCUGGUCCAAAUGACAGAGGCACAGCCGGUCCUCAUUCACCCACAGCUCGAAGUCGACCCCCAACGCGAACAAUCCGAUCUCGCCCGCGGAAUCUGUGACUUCAUGGCCCAACUAGCUCGAGACGGCCGCUUCGUGCCCAUCGAGCUCCGCAACUUCCAACCCCCCGAAGUAGCCGAAACCCCCGCCGCCGCCCGCAUCGGCCCUCCCGCCCUCGUCAUCCUCGAACUCACAGACCAAGACGCGGCCGAAACGCCCCGCGAGCCACCAGGACCGCCAACAUGGAACCCGGGCCCCUACUACCCCCAACUCCGCGCCGCUCUCGCACGAUGGAAACGCCCGGCCAACGACGUCUUCCACGACAUACCCGACGCCUCCCUCCUAAACGGCGCCCAACCAGACAACCAGCCCUGCGAGGAGGUCAAGCCCGGCGCACCGGGUAACAUUUGCAACGCCCACGUCCCCGACGGCGCCCACUGCGAAAACCUAGAACACGCCGCCGCGCAGCCUAAACCGCACGUCGUCUGCGAGGGCUGCGACCUGACCUCCAAGAAGCACCUCUUCGAGGGCCCGCAACCCCUGACGCGCAUGGAGUUCCUCAACAUGCGCAACUACGCCUGCGGCGGCUGCUCCCACACGCGCCAGGCCGACGUGCGGUUCGGCGGCAGGAUGCCCUACGGCCAGCUCGCGAACCCGCUGCACCCCGUGACUGGCUGCCUCUGCGCCAGGAAGCUGCUCGGCCGGCGGCUGUGCUCGCAUCACCGGUACCAGCUCGCGCAGCGGCUCAUGAUUCAGGUGUCCAUGGUGAUCGAGUGGGCGAUUACCAACUUUGGACCGGACAUGUGUUUGUUUUGUAAGCAGGGUGGCCAUCUCGCCAGGAGCAUGGCGGAGUCGGAGAACGGGAUAAUGGAUGAUGUGUUGUACGUGUGCCUGAAUUGUGAGGGCAUCGUCUGCGUGAACGGCCCGAAGGAGCUCGUUCCGGGCGUCGAGGAGUGGAUUGGCGGGUGUCAUCCGGUUUCCCUCUACUCGGAGCCGUGGCUGCAGGCGCCUAUGCAGGACAUAGAAUGGGACGCCUGA